AUGGCACAGAGGGAGGAUCCUGAGUUGGUUGAGGUUACGGAAGGAAUUCAGAAGGGGUUGAAGCCAGAUUUCAGUAUUUCUGGUGAUGGAAUAUUGAGAUUUCGCAACAGGGUUUUUGUACCGAAUGAUGCCAUGAUUAAACGGGUCAUUCUAGAGGAGGCACAUCAUUCACUCUACACUAUACAUCCUGCACAGGACUGUCAUAUGCAGUAUAGUACUGCUCCUACUCCCAGACCAUUGGGAGGGAAUAUACAGGCACCCAGAGGUGGUGGCCAAAAAAGGAACACAGCUCCGGCGAGGGUCUAUGUGCUGAUGUCGGGAUAUACUAAGGCUGCAGGUGACGUUGUGAUAGGUGCCACCCAUUUGUUCAUGUCGUUGGGAUAUGUUAAGAUGACUGGAGUUGAGACACAGUUAUUAGAUACUGAUUUGUCAAUAGUGACGCCAACUAGAUCAAUAGUGAGAUGUGGAAGGUUGUUAUCUGCCAUUCAAGCGAGGAGGUUGUUGUUAGACGGUUGCCAUGGAUAUUUGGCUUUUGUGAAGGAAGUAUCGGAAGGGGAAAUUGAGAAUAUUUCGGUAAUGAGAGAUUUUCCUAGUGUAUUCCCUGAGGAUUUUUUGGGACUAUCUCCUGAUCCUGAGGUAGAAUUUGUUAUUGAUUUAGUUCUAGGGACGGCGCUGAUUUCGAAGGGGCCAUACAGAAUGGCACCGAUAGAGUUAAAAGAGUUAAAAGAAUAG